AUGCCGAAAAAGAUGGGUGUCAAUUCUAAGGCCGAGGUGGCCAGGGCUCGCAAAAGCGCCGCUGAAACGGAGAAAAAGGAACGGGAGACUCGAGAGAAGGAGGAACAAUACUGGCGAGAGGCUGAGAGUUCAAAGCCACGCGCCGCCAAGAAGAGGGAGGAAGAGGCAGAUAAGAAAGCCGAAGCGGCGGCCAAGCGAGCGGAGGUUCGUCGAUUGGCGGAGCUGGAGGAGAAAGAGCUCGAGAAAAUGAUCAAAAAGCCCGACAAGAAGGCAAGCAGGGUGUCGAUCCCUGUACCGAAGGUGACGGAGGUGGAGCUAAGGAAGCGGCGCGAGGAGGAGCAGGCUCUAGCUCAGAAGAAGGCAGCGGAAGCGAAUAAGCGUACGGCCGCGGAGGAGGAGUACGAGAGAGUGGUGCUUGUGUCAAACACAAAUCGCGAUGAUUCGAUCAUUGAAGCUAGUACUCUUGACGAAGCCAUCGCUAAGAUGAGCAUCGAUAACAACUUACCCCUGGACAGGCAUCCUGAGAAACGCCUCAAGGCUUCCUUCAAGGCGUUCGAAGAAGCAGAACUUCCGAUAUUGAAGCAAGAGAAACCGGGACUUACUUACACACAAUACAAGGAUAUGAUUUGGAAGCUUUGGAAGAAAUCUCCUGAUAAUCCUCUUAAUCAAAAUGCUGAUUGA